UUUACUCAUAACGAGCAUCUGAGCAAAAACAGUACAAUAUUCACCAAGGGCUUGAACUUUUUUCUCACAAAUGACGCAGAAUGCAUCACAUUUAUUUAGCAGCACCAGUUUUUAACGAAAUGUCCGAAAGCCAAAUUAAAAGCGUUACCUAUUUGAACUGUAAAGCAAGCAACUACAACUUUUACUACUAGGUUAGAAAAAUAGGGAAGAUAGAAUUCUGUCAAACAAAAUGUGUUUUGCGGUGCGAGUUGUGGGAUUCGGAAAUAGAUGAAUCUGCCCGUGGAGCCGUAUUUCAUUGUUUGAAAUAUACAAAUUAAAUGGAUAUUUCUAAUAGUUUUACGCUAUGAUAAUUAAAAGACUAGAUCUGUUUCCUUCUUUGGGUAUCAAAAUUUUGGAUAUGCAUAUUUGAAUCCAUAACAUGGGAAAUUUGUUAAGGCUUUUAUCUAGAGAUGAUAAUCCUAAAUAUGAUGUAUUUGUUGAUUUUGAAAAUGCUCAACCCACAGAAAUAGAGCGAGAAUCUUAUGACAUUGUAGAUGAAGUACUACAGUAUUCAAAAGACAUAUUACAAGAACUCCAAACUUAUAAAGGAGCAGUAAAUGAAAUUAGAGAGGCCAUUACUAAUCCAAGAAAUGAUUUGUACCAACAAAGAGCUUGGGAAGCUGUGCUUCCUUUAGUUUCUAAGUUAAAAAGAUUUUAUGAAUUCUCUCAACAAAUUGACGAUGUGGUACCUCGUAUAUUAUGGGAAUUAUGCUCAGGUCCCCUACCUCCUGCUCAGCAUUUACAUACUCAACAAGCUCUAGUCAAACAAUUUGCAGAAAUUUUAGAUUUUGUCCUAAAGUUUGAUGACUUGAAGAUGACAAAUCCAGCCAUACAAAAUGAUUUUAGUUACUAUAGGAGGACUGUUAGUAGGUUACGACUUGCAAACCAGGAGCCAAUUGACGAAGAACUAGAAGUACCUAAUGAAUUAGCCAACAAAAUGUCACUGUUUUAUGCUCAUGCCACUCCAAUGUUGAAAGUUUUAAGCGAUGCAACAAUGCGCUUUGUUGCUGAAAACAAAGACUUACCCAUUGAAAAUACAACAGAAACAUUAGGAACUAUGGUUAAAGUUUGUCAGAGGAUGAUAGAAAACAGGGAGUUCUGUAGUCGCUUUAGAAAUGAAGAAACCAUUCUUUUUGUGUUGAGAGUGAUGGUUGGAUUAAUAAUUCUUUAUGAUCAUGUGCAUCCAGUGGGAGCUUUUGCCAAAUCUGCUCAUAUUGAUGUCAAAGGGUCUAUAAAAGUACUGAAAGAUCAACCACCUAAUGUUGUAGAGGGUUUACUAAAUGCUUUAAGAUAUACCACUCGGCAUUUAAAUGAUGAGUCUACACCCAAGCAUAUCAAAAGUCUGUUAGCAUGAUCACCUGCUCAUUAUUUUAUAAAAUUUGUUUCAUUUAUGGUAUCUAAAAGGUGACAUGCCAGUGUCUUGUCUCUUGUUUCUUGGGUAAAAAAACAAACAGAAAAUUUCUCUUUAAGGAACUCGUAAAGUGUGAAGUAUAAAAAAAAGAUGGUUGUCUGAAACUUGUAUAAGUGACACUGACUGGAAAUAUAGAUUUUAUUCUAUUGAUAUUUUUGAAUGUGAGCUAUAUUGUAUGAAAAAAAAUUCAUGGUGUGUUUAUCUUCACAUGUUUCAACUGAGUUAAGCAUCGAAAUUUUGAAUCUCAGCAGAACAAUUGCUUUCUACAUAUUCUGACAAAAAAUGUACUUCUCAUUUAAAUAUUAACUUUUAAAUUUAUUUUUACCAUAAUUGUUUACCAUUAUUUUUACCAUGUUAUUUGCUGAAACAAGCGAAUACACGAGUCGUCAAGAGUUUUAUGUAUAUUUUUGUGUGCAUACAUUGAGCUUGUGCUUGUUUGUGCAUCUCAUUGUCCUAGUCAUUCAUCUCAUUAAAAAAAGUCAUUUUUCAUGCUUCUAGGAUGCAUACAAACUACUAUUUCUAUUGUAAGGCUUAACAUAUAGUCAAGUUUUUUUUACCUAACAAUUUUUCUUUUUUCGAAUCAAAUACUUAUUCACGGGUAACAACAUAUUUACAAAUUAAAAUAUUCUAAUAAGUGCCAUAUGGUUUAUAUUGAGUAUCUUUUAUUCUAAUUUACUGUAAAACUCUCUCAGAGUUGGUGGCAAAAAAAUAAGUGAACAAAUAAAUACUUUUAUGGCACAGGCAAAAAAUACUGAACUUCUAAAUAUUAAACACUUUUCUGCUCUUGGGUAUGAAAUUGUAUAGGAUUUUAGUGAAACUGUACUUGUAACUGUACUGACAUUGCUUUAGAGAUGUCUUUAUGUUAAUUAAAACGAUUAGUGAUUGCUAAAAACAAUAGUUUUACAAUAACAAAUGUGUUACAGUAGUAUUAUAAAACGAUAGUCAAUAGUGUAUAGAAACAAAUAGUUUUACAUGCAUGGUGAUUUGUAAUCUUUUUUAAAUAAAUUUUACCAAAUAGAGCAUACAGUUUGGGAAAGAGUUAAUAAACUAUACAAAAAAAUUUGAAAUUAUGAAAUCCAAAUUAGUGUCUGUUGCUAACUAUACUGACAAUGUAGCUGUAAAAUAAAUGAAUAUUCAUUGAUGCAAAAAAAUAAUCAGUUUUACUCUAAAAUAAUAGAAUUUUUUUUAUUAAUUUUUUACAUUGCUUUAAAUGUUCAAACAUCAUAGCAUUCAAAUAUUGGGUAGUAAAAAUAGGUUUUUAAAGACAAAAGCAUGUUUCCUGCCAUAUUUGAGCAAAAUUGGUUGAAUGUAUAAUCUAGAAUGGAAAACCCAUUAAAUAGUUUAAUAUUUGAAGUUAUGAUAUAAAAACAUUAUUUGUGUAAAACUAGAAUGUUUUCUAAACCUUGCAUAUAUUUAAAACUUUGCUUAGAUUUUAGCAUAGCUUCAAAAUUAGUAUCAAGCAUAGAUAUUUUGUUUAUUUUAUUAUUUCUCUACUCUGACAACGUGACUUGGUGAUUUAUAAUUUCUUUAAAGUUAUGUAUUUUAUCUAAAAUAAAUGUCACAAAAUAUUGAAGCAGCCACUAAAAUAGUGUUUGAUGUCACCAGUAUUCCAGUUCAUCGUUGAUUAGCUGCCACUAAUCAAAAGUGUUUCUAACCAGUUCAGAAAAAAAAAAUUAUUUUAUGAUUAUUAACGAAGUAUAAUUUAGUGCUCUAAAAUAAGUUCUAUUUAUUACUCUUUAUCUUUAGCAAAAUUUUGUUUUGCAGUUUCUAAAUUUAAUGCAGAAUAAUUGUACAUUCGUUAACUAAGUACAAUUUUUCCCUGUGAUAGUUCAAUUGUAUCCAUUUUUCUUUAAAAUAUGUUAACUCAAUGGGUCAAUAGAUUUUAAGUAUUUGUGUGCAUCCUUUUAUUUAGGUGAAAUUUUAUUUCUAGUUCAAAUUCAUAAAUCAUUCAUUCGUUAAUGCAUAAUGAGCGCAUUUAAAAAAUAAAAAAAAACCACUGAAUAUUUUUUAUUAUUCAAACUCAUUACAAUACGGCAUAAAAAAAAGUUACAUAUGUGUGCCUGUAUAAAAUGGAUGUUAUAACUUUUUUGUGAAUGUACUUAUUUGUAUUGAUAUUCUUAUUUAACUAUUCAUAAAGGAAAAAAAAAGAGCAGCAUACAGUAAAUCUUAAGAUUUUAAGAAUUCUGGAAAGGGACUAUUUUGAAAUAAUUUUUAUGCAGCUUAAGAAAAAACUAUGAAUAGCUUUCCAUUUCAAAUAUAAACAAAUUUCCCCACUUAGCUUAUUUAUUUGUUAUUUGGAAUGAUUAGACUCACUUCAUACUGCUAAUGUAAUGUACUUAUAUCAGAGCUCACAAUGUUUCUUAUUCAUAAAUAAUAAUAGUCUUGUUUGCAUGUUGAAGCUUUCUGGCAAAGUUUUAGGCUGCCUGCGCACAAACUUUGAUUCCACAAAUGAAAUUUAACCCACCUCAAAAUUUGUAACUACAAAUAGUUUGUGGUUGCCCCUUUUUUUACAUGACGUUACAGGUUGGGCGCUCCAACUUUGUAAGGACCACCUUUAGAUUCAGCAAUAAGGAUUGAUAGGAUUUAUGAAAAAUUAGAAUGCAGAAAGCCUUAUCUUUCAGUUCAUGCAGAAUAUAACAUUUCUUUUAAUUUGUUUUUGUGAGGUAUCGAUUUCAUCGAGGAACAAAAAACUUGUUUGCGUGCAGUGUCAGUAACUUCCUUUCUCCUCCAAUGAAAGUAAUGUUACCAAAAUACUUAAUUUAAUUGCCCUCCAAUGCACCUUCUUUAUUGCUAUAUUUAUUAAAAAUGCAAUGCUCGUUGUAUUUGUACUCCAUAAUGUUUGCAAAUUUUUAAAAAUGGAUAAGCUGCGUAACAUGGAGUCUGUGGAGUGUACUCCAAAUCCUUGAAAUCAUUGUGGUUCAUAAAGUGAAAAAGUUCAAUUGACACUGAAGAGAAAUAUUCUUCUUUUUUUUCCAAUAACAAUAGGUAUUGAACUUUUGUUCUUCACCUCAGAAGAUGCCGGUAGUGUUGCUCAUUUAACGUUAUCCAGU